CUGCAAACCAUCCCCAUGACUCCAUGACUGGGCUUGUGACUGUUGGUCCGCCUGUCAAUCAUGUUCCUCAAUCCCUCAUUUCUCCUCUGCGUGGCAACAGUUAGCCUCGCCGUGUUCGCUACUUAGGCAUUUUGGAGUUUCAGCCGCUGGUAGCCUACUACUUAGUCCUAAUGAGCCACUCGACACUGGGCAGUCCAACCUCGCUGCUGCUAUAAGCUCACGAUAGGAGCCCAAGUUAAUCACAGCAUCUCUUCGCUUCGUGUCUGUGCAACGAUAACUUCGUCUUCGACACUCGUGUGCUGGACAUGGCCGCUGCGUCCUACUACGAUACUGGUCCCAGACCACCGCUACAGCAACACUCGUCAAGCCUCUAUCCUCCGGCUAGGCCACAGAGAGCCUCGUCGCAGCCCAACUUGCCAUAUCCUAUCUUGCAACAGAGCGGCUCUCAUGCACAACCACAAACACAACCCCAGUCCGACUAUUCUCAGAACCCUCCUCCCCCAUAUCACCCCUUCAACAAUGAACAACCCAAGCCUAGUGUACACUUUGCGCCAACCCCAACACCAUCCUUGAGCCAGCAACGACCUUCCAACCCAAGCCAACCCCGACCAGAUCCAUAUUCUUUCAAUAAUCCUAACUAUCAGAUUUCUCAGAGCCAACAGUUUGCGCCUUACCAACAACAGUAUAUUCCUCAGAACUAUCAAUAUCAACCGCAGCAGCAGCCGUUAAGCUCACAUCAGUAUCGACCGUCCUCCCACCAUCGAUACUCGGAUGUAUCCCCUCACGGUGGGUAUGCCUCAGAUCCAGAGCGGCAUAGAAGGAAACACAAAACUCGAGGGCGGCGUGUUUCUGACAAUUCACGAUCGACCAAAGCGGACGGUCUCUUGGGGGCCGCCGGUGGUGGGCUCAUCGGUGAUAUGAUCUUCCCAGGUCUCGGUACAGUUGGCGGCGCCCUGGUGGGCUGGGUCGGUGGCAAAGACUAUGGUAAACAUCGAAAGUGGCGGGAAGAGAAACGCGAUCGAGAACAAGAACGAUGGGAAAGAAAAUACAGAAAUUCUAACGACAGAUCAACGAGCCAUAGUCGAGACAGAGACAGGAACCGGGACAUAGGAAGGGACAGAGAGUGGGACAGAGGAAGAGACAAGCGAAGGGGCAGUCAUGACCGAAGAAGAGAGUAUGAUUGAUGCCCCGUGAAGAAUUUGCUAGCUUGGCUUACAGCACAAUGACUUGGGUGUUGGGCGGUUGUCUUGUUUUUGGAUCAUCAAGAUGGUCAUGAUUGAUCGACCACUGGUUCUCAGUCGGACCAGACGACAAAGAUUUGUCUCCGUGGCAGUGGUUCUCGGCACAAGCUGCGAGAUCGUGCAAGUUUGCAGACUAUAUAGAUGU